UGCUGUCAUUAUUGUUUACAUUACCUACAACUAAUUCUCGAAGAUAGGAAAAUAUUAUAUUAUUAUUUACCAAUUAUUAUUUGAAAGUACAUACCGAGGUCUAGAAGGAUAUGUCUUUGGUAGCCUACGAAUACAGUAGUGAUGAUGACACGGAUCAGGAUGAAGAUAGAAACUCGGAUGAAGCAACAACAGUAUUUCCGCAACAAAGUAGCACACGGUCCAACAAGUUGAAUACCUCUAAUGCUGCUGAAGAACCCAUCGAAGAUACAAAAGCAUUUCCUCAACUAGCUCUUCCAGUUCCAAAAACUAUAAUGAAUGGGUUAAGCGUAGAAGAAGAGGAUGACGAGUUUCUUCGGAAAAAGGCAAUUCCAAUGACGAAACCCGCUCCAUUUCCGAUUUUAACUACUGUCAAAACGAACGUUAAAAAUGGGAAGAUUCAGAUUACAAUACCGUCUCUGCGAGACUUCAAAGACGAUACUGAACGUAAGCCAAUAAUAAAGCCAAUUGGAGCAGAAAAACCAACUGGGCUUCUCAGUUUACUCCCCAAACCGAAAUCUGAGCUUGCGUUUUUUACUAGUAAAGCAUCACCAAGUGUUGUUUCAUCCAUCAAACCUGCUGUUCAGCGUCUCAUACCUGAUUCGGUAGCGAACCGACCACGAAAUAUUCCUUCAAAAGAAGCAGUUAUGAAAAAAGCAUCAGCCAAAAAACCUCCGACAGAUAAACAUGGAAAUAAUAGUGAAGAUAGUGAAGACGAAGAAAGGGUUGAUUUCUUCUCACUCAAUUCAAAGGAGAGUUUACCCGAAAUAAGUGCAAAUGAAAUCAAUGCAAUGGUAGCAAAAACGGCCGCUAGAAUGGCCGAAGCUGCCAAACAAUUCACAGAACCGGAACCAGUAGAGGAACAACCAUGUUCUAGUGGUCUACAUCCUUCUAGAGACUUUGUUCUACAAGAGCAAGAUGAUCUAACUAGCGAACGUGCCUUGUCUUCUCUUAUCGGAGGAAACAAAGCUAAACGAGCUCGUGUGGAUGACGUAAAUAUAAUUGAAAUCAGUUCUGCUGAUAUCGUUCCAUCGAAGGAAGACUUCUUGCGCAGAAAACUCCAAGAAGAGACUGGUUAUGUUCCAACAGGACAUUUAACAGGUGAUUGGAGCUGUACAAGUAAGCGUAAAUCACACAUUACCUACCUAGCCAGUAAAGCGCAAGAUAAUGCACAAGAAUUGGAGGCAAUGUGGUCUGCCAACAGGCAAAGUCGUAGGCAAACGCAAAGCAAGUACGGGUUUUAAGAUAUUGCAUAAUCGUGUUUAUCUUGUAAUGAAGAAUAAUGAAUACAUUUGUUUUGAUCAAAUAUCCUAUAAUAAAAAUUAUAUAUCACACUC